AAGGCAACGCCCAUUCUGACUACCUGGAAGAAACCAGAGACGGGAACUGCCAGCCUGAAGGAGGAGGAGGAAGUCAAAGGCUGGAGAUCAGGAAAGAGAAGCCUUUGUGUGUAAAGCCAUGACUGUUCAGUAGGAGCUUCUUCUCAAGUGGACUUCUUGAUAAGUUGGGCUCCUGUUUGGAAACUUUGGAGUUAGUUUAGUUGAGUCAACUCUAAGGUGAGAGAGGAAAGAGUUGGACAGUCAGAGCAGAGGGAGGAGCUGUAGGACUCCCAUGUCUGGGCUGUGUCUGAAUGGUAAAUAGAGGGUCACAUGGGGCAAUAGUCUUGUAGCAGUGGGGGGAAAAAGGAGGGAAAGGAACAAGAAGGGCGAGUGAGGGAAUGAACAAGAGGACUUUGACCUGCCUCCUGGGCAAGAGGCGGUACUUUCACUCUGAGUCUAGAGGACUCCACAAAGAGUAGGGAAACAAAACAUGUGGAGUGAGAAUUGUGUUGUGGUUUCACUGGAGUUUUUACAACUUCAGGGUUUUACUGAAUACACAGUCGAGUGUAUUAUUUAAGGGAGAGAAAGUCCAGCAGUUCCUAUCAUCACAGGUUUGAUCUUUAAACGGUGAAUUUGGAUAAAAGAAAAAAGCAAGAUGCCCACAAACUUCACUGUGGUGCCGGUGGAGGAUGUGGAGGACAGUGGAACCAGUGGAACCAGCGGAACUGCAGCAGGAGGAAGCAAAGUAGCCAAUGUGAGCAAAAUCUUCAAAGAGGAACAGGAUGGGGACAACUCACAGGAACCUCACACAGAUGGAGAUGACCACCGGAGGGAGUCCAGUCCAUUCAUCCACUCAGACAAUGACCGAAAGUACAGUUACGAGGGAAAAAACAUGGCCCUGUUUGAGGAGGAAAUGGACAGCGCCCCCAUGGUGUCGUCUCUUCUCAACAAGUUAGCCAACUACACAAACCUCUCUCAGGGGGUUCGUGAGCAUGAGGAGGCUGAAGAUGGGUUAAGGAGGGCUGCUGUCAUGGUCCCCCACAUGGGAACCUUCAUCGGGGUUUACCUCCCCUGCAUGCAGAACAUUCUGGGUGUGAUUCUCUUUCUGCGUCUCACAUGGAUUGUUGGCUCUGCUGGAAUCCUGGGUUCUUUUGCCAUCGUCUCCAUGUGCUGCGUCUGUACAUUGCUCACCGCCAUAUCCAUGAGCGCCAUCGCCACCAACGGGGUUGUGCCAGCUGGCGGCGCAUACUACAUGAUCUCCAGAUCUUUGGGUCCAGAAUUUGGAGGAGCAGUGGGGAUUUGUCUGUACCUUGGAACCACCUUUGCUGGAUCCCUGUACAUACUGGGCACUAUUGAGAUCCUGCUGACGUACAUCGUCCCUUCAGCCACACUCUUCAGGGACAAUGAUGGUGAGCCAGUUCCCAACGACAUGCGUGUCUACGGCACAUGCUGCCUGGUGCUGAUGGCCCUGGUGGUGUUUGUUGGGGUCAAGUAUGUGAACAAACUGGCUCUGGUGUUUCUUUCCUGUGUAUGUCUCUCCAUCUUGGCCACGUAUGCAGGAGCCAUUAAGACACUUAUUGAACCACCAGACUUCAAUGUCUGUUUGCUGGGGAAUCGCUCUCUGAAGAACGAAAUGUUUGAAACGUGCUCGAAGGCGGAAGUAGCCAAAACCCUCCUCUGUGACCCAGAGUCUGAUGAAUACUUCUCCCAGAACAACCUGACAGAACUGCGGGCCAUCCCAGGGCUCCUGAGCGGAGUCAUUAAGGAUAACUUAUGGGGCAAUUACGGUCCGGCAAAGAGAGUGAUAGAGAAAGAAAAACCGCCUGCACUAAUAACUGAGAACACAUCCAACUGCACAGUCCAGAACUACUUUGUCAGCGACAUCACCACCUACUUCACCCUGUUGGUGGGAAUAUACUUCCCCUCGGUCACAGGUAUCAUGGCUGGUUCUAACAGGUCUGGUGAUCUCCGAGAUGCCCAAAGGUCCAUUCCAGUUGGAACAAUACUGGCUAUUCUCACCACCUCUUUCAUCUAUAUCUCCUUUGUGGUGCUGUUUGGAGCUUGUAUCGAAGGCGUAGUGCUGAGAGACAAAUUUGGUUACUCAGUGAAGAACAACCCUGUAAUUGGUAUUCUGGCCUGGCCAUCACCCUGGGUCAUUGUGAUUGGCUCCUUCUUCUCCUGCUGUGGUGCGGGGUUUCAGAGCCUCACCGGCGCCCCCCGGCUGCUGCAGGCCAUUGCGCGGGAUGGCAUCAUCCCAUUCUUACAGGUCUUUGGUCAUGGAAAGGCCAACGGCGAGCCCACCUGGGCUCUUCUGCUAACAGUUGGGAUCUGUGAAAUAGGAAUACUCAUUGCUUCUCUGGAUGAUGUGGCUCCCAUCCUCUCCAUGUUUUUCCUCAUGUGCUACCUUUUUGUCAACCUGGCCUGUGCCGUUCAGACUUUGCUUCGGACCCCAAACUGGAGACCUCGCUUUAAGUUCUACCACUGGACUCUGUCCUUCUUAGGGAUGAGUCUCUGUCUCUCCUUGAUGUUCAUCUCCUCCUGGUACUACGCUCUGGUGGCCAUUGUGAUAGCCGGCUGUAUUUACAAAUACAUUGAAUACAGAGGGGCAGUGAAAGAAUGGGGCGACGGGAUCAGAGGCCUGUCCUUGAAUGCAGCACGCUAUGCCCUCAAUCGCCUGGAGGAAGCGCCACUGCACACCAAAAACUGGAGGCCUCAGGUGUUGGUGCUGUGUAAGCUGGACUCAGAGCUGGCCGUGAAACACCCUCGUCUCCUGUCCUUCACCUCACAGCUCAAAGCAGGGAAGGGACUCACCAUAGUGGCCUCAGUUCUAAAGGGCACAUACAUGACCUGCAAGAAGGAUGCCAAGACUGGAGAGGAGAACUUGAAAUCUGCCAUGGCUGCAGAGCGGACCAAGGGCUUCUCUCAUGUGGUGGUGUCAUCCAACCUUCGAGAUGGCUUCUCCAUAUUGAUCCAGUCAGCGGGACUGGGAGGAAUGAAGCACAACGCGGUCCUGAUGAACUGGCCAGCAGGAUGGAAACAAGCCAGGGACUCCUCUGCCAGGAGGAACUUCAUAGAGACGGUGAGAGAGACAACGGCGGCUCAUCAAGCCCUGCUGGUGGCAAAGAACAUCGACCAUUUCCCCGGCAACCAAGAGCGUCUGAAGGAGGGCACCAUCGAUGUGUGGUGGAUAGUGCAUGACGGCGGACUGCUCAUGCUGCUGCCUUUUCUUCUCAUUCAGCACAAGGUGUGGAGGAAGUGCAAAAUGCGAAUCUUCACGGUGGCUCAGAUGGACGACAACUCCAUCCAGAUGAAAAAGGAUCUCCAGAUGUUUAUUUACCAUCUACGCCUGGACGCUGAGGUGGAGGUUGUGGAGAUGCACGACAGUGACAUCUCAGCUUUCACGUACGAGAAGACACUGGUGAUGGAGCAGAGGUCUCAGAUGCUUAAACAGAUGCAGCUGUCCCGCACGGAGCGGGAGAGAGAGGCCCAGUUGAUCCACGACCGGAACACAGCAUCUCAUUCAGCAUCCAACGACAAAGAGGAAGGUGCCACUCCAGACCGCGUCCACAUGACCUGGACCAAAGACAAACUGCUCAAUGAAAGGAACAAACACAGAGAAGGAAUUCCUGUAAAGGAUAUGUUUAAUAUGAAACCUGAGUGGGAGAAUCUCAACCAGUCCAAUGUGCGGAGGAUGCACACAGCUGUGAAGCUGAAUGAGGUGGUGGUAAAGAAAUCCCACAAUUCACAGCUGGUCCUGCUCAACAUGCCCGGUCCACCAAACAGCAAGAAGGGAGACGAGAACUAUAUGGAGUUCCUGGAGGUUUUAAUGGAAGGCUUGGAUCGGGUUCUGCUGGUUCGAGGAGGAGGUCGGGAGGUCAUCACCAUCUACUCGUAGCACUGCAGAACUUUUUAGCUGGUUUCAAAGACCUUUGGAUUAAUCAAGGUUCAGCACAAACAUAGAAGUAAUUCUUCCGUCAACAUUUUAAGAAGAAAGGAGAGCUACUUAAUGUGUUGGAGUAAUGUGAUGCUGUUAAGGACAAGGGGGGGAGUUAUUUACUUUAUCAGGUGACCACGCCUGAGAAAUGAUCUUUCUCACCUUUUUUUAACUCAAAAUAUUUGAGGCUCAUUUUUGUAGAGUGUCAGUGAGAGGAUUGGUUCCAUUGAGUUAGGAAGACUGACUGACCGGAGGUCUUUAAUCAUUUCAUUCCCUUUUGUUAAAUCUCUGACUUUGGAAUGUUGGUAUCGUUUGGAGGUAUUAUUUUUUGGCCAAUAUAUUUUACAAAAUACUCUGAUGUGUUUAUUAAUAUGAACAUAUAUCUGAAGUAUUGUUGAUUAUCCUAUCAAAAUUUUGACAUUUUUCUCCAUUAAUGAACUGAUGAUCUGUAACAAUUAGAAUUUUAGUCAAUUUAUACUUUUUUUUGCUUUUUAUUCACCUUUUAGAAAGCUGUUUGUGAAAGUUUAUUGUGUUAAACAAAAAACAAACAUCUGGUGCACCAUCCAUUUUUUUCUCUAAAUAUAGUGAUAAAAAAAGUAAUGUCACUUUGACAUUACAUCAAGGAAGUUCCCUGUUAGGCAGUGGACCAGCUGUUUGUUUUGUUUUUGUUAUUGUUGUUUUUAAAUUUCCCAGUCUACAACUAUUUCUCCGAGGAACUUUUAAAUUAUAUGACAUGAAACUAUUUUUCUAGUUUCACUCUGUUUAACGUGGCUAACUGUGUAUGAUGCAGCAUCAGUAAGGAUUGUAUCAGUAUUGUGUAAUAAGAUUUGU